CCAUUAUCCCAUAAAUACCCUUUUCAUUUCUGCUAUCUGCAGCAUAUACUGCAAGGCUAAAACCGUAACAUCAACUUAAUACCCUGUCGGUAUCAUGCGCAAACCGCCCCUUGCCGACUCCAUCAGCUGGCAGAUAAACAGAAGCCAAUAACCCAGAAAUACCAACAUUUACACCCGCAGAUGCUUUCUUGAGCCUUUUUCACCGUGCUAUCGUGCGCCAUGGUUGGAGAUGUGACGGGAGGCGUAAACUCCACUGUCACCUCUGCCGCCGCCGCGUCUCCUGGGUCGUCUGCAAAGGCGGCCCAGUCACAGGCGCGGAGAGGGGGAGGGGGUGUAGCGGAGGCGCAGUACGUGUCGGCCAAGACUUCUGUGUGGUGGGACAUAGAAAACUGCCAGGUGCCUAGGGGCUGCGAUCCCCACGCAAUUGCCCAGAACAUAAGCUCUGCUCUUGUCAACAUGAAUUACUGUGGGCCUGUCUCCAUCUCCGCCUACGGCGACACCAUUCGAAUUCCACAAUCUGUACAGCACGCCCUCUCCAGCACCGGCAUCGCCCUCAACCAUGUCCCUGCUGGGGUGAAAGAUGCGAGUGACAAGAAAAUUCUAGUUGAUAUGCUUUUCUGGGCAGUAGACAAUCCUGCCCCUGCAAAUUAUUUGCUUAUUUCUGGUGAUCGGGAUUUUUCUAAUUGUCUCCAUCAAUUACGCAUGAGGAGAUAUAAUAUACUUUUGGCACAGCCGCAACAAGCAUCGGCACCUCUUACUGCUGCAGCAAAGACUGUGUGGCUAUGGACAAGCCUUUCAGCUGGAGGAGCCCCACUUACUAGUGGUGAUUCAACACAACUAACUAAUGUUAGUAGUAAAUGCAUUGCUGUAACAUCUGAAAGCAGAUAUUCUGAACCCAUUCAACUUAGCUCUGGAAGCGUUUCUUUGGGAAAUCCCAAUUCAAUUACUAAUGUAAGGGUCGGCGAUACUAAGUUUAAAGGAAAAUAUGUUCAUAAUGCCCUGAAUCAGCCUGGCAUAUCAAGAGCCUUUAGUGCGCCAGUUGGAAUUCAAGAAACUAAGGGCAACAGUUACACUUAUCAAUCAGAAUUCACACAAACAAAGCAGUUUAAGAAAGCUCCACAUGAAUUCUUCAGAGGCAGUGGGCCUGUUGUCUCUGCAAGUUUGUCUACACCCAACUUCCUUCCUGGUAAUUCUGACCCUGCGGGGAGUAAUGACAGCAAUCCCAUAGGUAGUGCUCAGAAUCACUAUACUCAACUUGUGAGGCCUAAUAACUUCUCUAUGCAAAAACUUGCUUUUCCACAUGGUAAUUUUUCAAUGAAUCCCAGACCUGAUGGUAUUAAACUUUCUUUGGCAUCAUCUACAAAUGUGCUUGAUAUUGGUAAACUAGGUAUACCUGAAUGCCAAGCUGCUCCUAAUUUCCAUCAGCAAGCUUUGGAAGAGUUAAAAAAGGUCUCUUUUGAGUCUUCUAAUCUCAGUACCUUAAAUGUACCACGUAAAGGCCAUAUGACAUGCAACAAUCAAGCAAACAAAUGGCAUCCUUGUGGUCCUGAAUUUCCACCUCCUCCAUUCUCCCCAGCAUCAGCAGUUGGCAACACUGCCUUCAGUAGUGGUACCUGGGGAACUCAAGGAAGGCCACCACCUUCAGAAUAUAUGCAAGGUUUUAUUGGUAUUAUCUUACUGGCUUUAGACACCCUGAAAGCUGAAAAAGUUAUGCCUACUGAAGCAAACAUAACUGACUGCAUUCGUUUUGGAGAACCAAAGUGCCACAGUACUGAUGUACGAAAAGCACUGGAUAGUGCAAUUGAGCAAAAUAUGGUAGUUGAACAAAGGUUAGGUGCAUUGCAGCUUUAUGUUGGUAAAAAUGACAAACUCUGGAAGUGUGUGAACACUACAGGUGGUAAUCCUGACCAGUACCCAAAAGCAACAUGGGAUGAAAUACAAAAGUUCCUAGCUUCCUCUGCAGGGCGAUCAGCCAUAUUAGCUUCUCAUUGCAGAUAUGAAGCAGCAUUGAUACUGAGAAAAGCAUGCUUGAAAGACUCUGCUUUGGGUGAUGUACUCCAGAUCUUGAAUAUGGUAAUUUUUCCAAAAAAAUGGAUUAUUCAUCAUCCUUCCGGAUGGCAACCGAUUGCCAUUACCCUCCAUGACUAAAACAGAGGCAGAUACCACGCUAGGUGGCCCUAUGAAAAUGAUGGUCACAAAUGCCAGGUACAUAAUAUAUUUGAUCUGAGUGAGUAUUGCAGUUGAGCAGGUUCUGGGGAUGUGGAGGCCAAUUGAAAGAACUACUUUGGAUGAGUAUCUUAAAAGAUACUUUGAUGAUUGAAUCAAGUAGGCUUAGGUUUUAUGUCUUAUUUUAUUCUAUAUUUUGUUGAGCUCUAGUGAGCGUCUAAAGGGAGAAGGAUGUUUAGGGUAUGGUGCAUGUUAUGGACAGUAUGAAAUUCUGUAAAGUUGCAGAUUUGCAAUUAUAGCUUCUGUGCCAUGGGUGAAUGUUGAAGAGGUGGUGCUCAUACCUGAAUUUUCAGGGCUUUUUUUCAUUACAAACUAUCUACUAGAUAAGAUAGAUAGUCAAUGGUGAAUAUCCCCGAAAGGUUUGGUGACAGCCUUUACUUUCGAGGUACAAUGUGUUGUGCAGGAGGCACUGCUGGGGAAGCAAGUUUUUGGGUUUCGGUAAAUCAAUAGUCAGUCUGCAACAAGUUGCAAUUGUAGUGUAGUUUUAAUAUUUUUGGAUUACGGCCAGCACUAUUAAUGUUCUUCAUGUGAGAUGGCCUGUUGAAGAGCAAGUAUGGGAGUAAUUCUGAAGUGAUGAUUACAAGUAGGGAUUUUAGUACCGUACUUCAUAGAUGAGUGGUGGAGCAUAGAAAGGAAAAAAAAAAAAAAAAAAAAGGUCGACUACAAAGGCGGAGCAGAAAAAGAUGAAGCGGCUGCAGCCUGCACAUGGUAAUGAAGUAUUGAAAUUAGGUUCGCAUCUGGAAAUCUUUUACUGGAGGUAAACUCUUGCUCGAAGCAAUGGUUAUAAGCAUAUACUGUAAUGAGAGAUAUUGUUACCACAAAUACUGUCUUUUGUUUCAUAGUUGGUUGUAUCUCAGCGUCUCGUGGGGAAUCCACGUAUAGUUUCGUAGAGUAUGAUUUUCUAUGUUUCUUUUUAGCAAAUUCUGCUCAUCUUUGUGAAUCUAUUUUAUCGAGACUUUGGAAACCUGGUAUCAGCAAAGAUUAGGAAGGGUAAAAUGGGUACUGUUGUUACUUUUAAUAGUUUAUUUUCUAUAUCCAACGUAUUUUUAGAAA